UUUAUCAAGAAUAGAAACAAUGGCGUCUUCGACUUUUGGACCUCGUCUUGCUGGCAACGUCUGCAUCGUGACAGGCUCUUCAUCUGGCUUGGGACGUGCAAUUGCACUGGCUUACUCACAUGAGGGGGCGCAUCUUGUCUGCGCUGACCUCCAGCCAGCUGCACGUGCGAGUGUGAAUGGAGAGGAGGAGGUCAACACAGAUGAAUUGAUCAGAUCGAAUGGCGGCCAGGCUAUCUUCGUUGAAACAGAUGUUACCAAGACUGCUGCCGUGGAGCAAUUGGUAUCUAGAGCUGUUAUUCAGUUUGGCCGCAUUGACGUGCUGGUCAACAACGCUGGCAUUUCCGUCGAAGCAGGCAAGGAACCUCGACGGGUGCAUGAAACUCCAGAAGACUGGUGGGAUUUGACCCUUGCUGUCAACCUCAAGUCCAUCUUUCUCGUGAGCAAGUAUGUAAUUGCUCAGAUGCUGAAGCAAGACAAGUCUGAGACGGGCGACCGAGGCUGGAUCAUCAACAUGUCAUCAAUCUUUGGCCUCGUCGGAGGAUACACCAAUGCUGCGUAUGCUGCGUCGAAAGGUGGUGUGACAAACUUGACGCGUACCAUCGCUCUCGAUUACGCGAGAGAUGGCAUUCACUGCAACGCCAUCUGUCCAGGCUAUGGUGAAGUUACGGAGACAGCCAUUUUUGCCGACACCAUCAAGACUCGUGAUAGGGACCUGAUCCGGUCAAGGCAUCCUCUCCAUGGAACCGGAUCGCCGCAAGAUCUUGUUGGUGCCGCGAUCUUCCUCGCUAGCCAGGAGGCGCGAUGGGUCACUGGGGUGAACCUCCCGGUAGACGGUGGUUAUACAGCACAGUAG